AUGUUCAGCGGCAAAGCAACGAUCAUCACAGGCGCCAACAAGAACCUCGGCAAGCAGACAGCAGAGGCCUUCGCCAAGGAGGGCUCGGACCUCUUGCUCCACUACCACUCGUCGUCGUCGGCAGCGGAAACCAAGAAGUUGGCAGACGAGCUCGCCAAGAAGUACGGCGUCACGACCGCCACCUACCAGGGCGACCUCUCCACGGAGGACGCGACCUCGGGGUUGUUUGACCUCGGCAUCAAGUCCUUCGGCAAGGUCGACUUCGCCAUCAACAACGUCGGCAUGGUGUUGAGAAAGAGCUUGGCAGACAUCUCGCUCGACGAGUACAACAAGAUGAUUUCCGUCAACGUCACCGCCUCGUUCCUCUUCUUGAGAGAGGCCGAGAGAAAGCUCGCGCAGGACGGCUCGGUCGUGAUGCUCACCACCUCCCUCUUGGGCGCCUACACCGACGGCUACUCCGUCUACCAGGCCGCCAAGUCCGCCGUGUACUGGCUGACCAAGACCGCGUCCAAGGACACCAAGAAGAAGAUCACCUACAACUGCAUCUCCCCAGGCCCCAUGGACACCCCCUUCUUGUACGGCCAGGAAAACGACCAGAGAAUCGAGUUUUUCAAGACCCAGGCCGUCAACGGCAGACUCACAGAGGUCCAGGAUAUUGUUCCAAUCAUCAAGUUCAUCGUCAAGGACGGCAAGUGGAUGACUGGCCAGAACUUGUACGCCAACAACGGCUUCACCGCCCCAUCCGCAUGA